AUGGAGAAGCUUGUGUUAGUCUUCCUCCUUUAUUUUCUGGUGUGUUUGGGCACAGCUCAGCAACAAUUACGCGCACGUGCGGGACCGUGGAGACACCGGAUUCAGUGGGAGAACAACGGUCAGAUGUACAGUCUGCUGAGCACCGGGACUCAGUACCGCUCCCCGGCACAGACCAGGAGACGCACCCAGCUUUUACUGACGACUAAGAACAGUUUCAACAGAGUGAACCUUCCUUUAGCGCCCAGUCGACCCACCAGAGCCAGAGCUGGACUCCCAGGGGACGCAGUCUGGGUUCACCCGCUCCAAAACGACCUCGGUCCAGUGGAUGCAUCUGUUCUUGGUGCUGAUGCGGGACAGUAUUUAAUCGCCCCGGGACGACCAGGGUCACCCGGGCGGUCUCCACUGAGAAUGACCUCUGCCGGAGAGGCUGUGGCUUUGGGGUACCGUCCACAUCAGAAUCCGUUGAAUAGCACCGCUGCAGCCAUCCAGGAGUUCUCUGGCAGCGGGAUCCCACGAGGUGGUCGGAGUACAACAGGAGCUGAAGCUGGUGCACAACAGGUCCCCGCGUCAACGAUUAGAUCACCGGACUUUACGCACAGCCAAGGUGGCCGGAUACGACCCGAGAGCUCUGAGUCAAGUCCCCGGUCACCUGCCACAUCUGGAUCGGUCUCCAUGGCUGAGAAUGGCGGGAAUGCGCAUCGCAUCCUUCAGCAAACCAGUCCGGUAGAUGCACCCAUUGCGCACAGAGAGCGCCCACAGACCAGAGUCACACCGGAGUCAAACGUAGUUCCCACUGCGCCGUCCGGCAACUCUGUAGAAAUACACUUUGGUCCCAGGCCGGAUCCACCACGGACUACAGACACGAGUGACCCAAGAGAUCCGCACAGUAUUCAUCACAGGAACUCGGUUUUCUACAACGUUUACCCACCAGACCGCAGGAACAGGAUCACUGCGCGCCCUCCGCCAGGAACCGGCUAUGGCACCAGGUUCUUCCACAAUGGUCUUCCAGACUUGGUUCCUGAUCCUUAUUACAUCCAGGCUGCCUCUUACAUCCAGAGAGUGCAGAUGUAUGCACUCCGCUGUGCUGCUGAAGAGAACUGUCUGUCCAGGUCCGCGUAUCAUCCGAGUGUGAGCGACCUCGACUACAGGGUCCUGUUGAGGUUCCCACAGCGCGUGAAGAACCAAGGAACAGCAGACUUCCUCCCAGUGAAGCCCAGACAUGACUGGGAGUGGCACAGCUGUCACCAACAUUACCACAGCAUGGAGGCCUUUAGUAACUAUGACCUGCUGGACGUCUCCACCGGAGAGAAGGUGGCUGAGGGACACAAGGCCAGCUUCUGUCUGGAGGACACGUCAUGUGACCGGGGAAUACGACGGCGCUUUGCCUGCACCGCUCACACACAGGGGCUCGGUCCUGGUUGCUAUGAUACGUACCACGCAAACAUCGACUGCCAGUGGAUCGACAUCACUGAUGUACCGCCAGGAAACUACAUACUCAAGGUGACAGUGAAUCCCUCCCAGCUCGUCCAGGAGUCGGACUUCUCCAACAACGAGGUUCGCUGUGACAUCAGAUACACAGGAGGCUACGUCCAGGCGAGGAACUGCAGGAUUACAGUGAGCUGACCUGACUGAAGACGACAACUUCACCACAGAAAUAUGUAGUAUAUAUAUAAAUGUUUACUGUUAUCAUAAUUCUCUCUGUUUGUAUUUAUGACAUGAUAUACUGUAGCGCCAGACAAGCUGGAGUGAUGCUGUCUUUUUUGUUGGAUUAAUAAUUUCCAGCUGGUAUUAGCUCAAUUUACUCAAAACUAAAACAAACACAGUCUUCAAAAUUAUUUCAUUUGUACCAUGUGACUGAAUCAGUGUUUAUUCGAAAGGAAACUGUGAUGCUCUUCUCUCCUGAAAUUUAAAAGCCUUUUGUUUUAUUUGACAAAUGUUCCCUAACCCUAACCCUCUGUUAAAUGACUGUAUAUGUAUUGUGGACAAUGUAUGUUACAAUACAGAAAAAGCAAAUACUCUAAUAUAUGAAUUUAAAGCAAUAAUUCUGUGUAAAUUCU